CACCUGCGGCGCGCUGUGCAGAGGCCGGUGCGUCCCGCCCGCGUCCCGCCGCCCCACCCCAGUGUCUCGCUGCCCACCCGGGCCCGGAGUGCGCUGACAGCCCCUCGGGCCACCCACUUUGCAAGGUGCAGAGCGGCAGCAGAAAGCAUGCGGGACUACGACGAGGUGACCGCCUUCCUGGGCGAGUGGGGACCCUUCCAGCGCCUCAUCUUCUUCCUGCUCAGUGCCAGCAUCAUCCCCAACGGCUUCAACGGCAUGUCAGUCGUGUUCCUGGCGGGGACCCCGGAGCACCACUGCCGGAUCCCGGGCGCCGCGAACCUGAGCAGCGCCUGGCGCAACCACAGCAUCCCGCUGCUGCAGCGCGACGGCCGCGAGGUGCCCGACAGCUGCCACCGCUACCGGCUCGCGGCCGUCGCCAACUUCUCCGCGCUCGGACUGGAGCCAGGGCGCGACGUGGACCUGGGGCAGCUGGAGCAGGAGAGCUGUCUGGACGGCUGGGAGUACAGCGAGGACGUCUUCUUGUCCACCAUCGUGACCGAGUGGAACCUGGUGUGUGAGGAUGACUGGAAGACCCCCCUGACCACCUCCCUGUUCUUCGUGGGCGUGCUCUGUGGCUCCUUCGUGUCUGGGCAGCUGUCAGACAGGUUUGGAAGGAAGAACAUUCUCUUUGCAACCAUGGCUGUGCAAACUGGCUUCAGCUUCCUGCAGAUUUUCUCUGUCAACUGGGAGAUGUUCACAGUGCUCUUUGUCAUCGUGGGCAUGGGCCAGAUUUCCAACUAUGUGGUGGCCUUCAUACUAGGCACAGAAAUCCUUGGCAAGUCAGUGCGUAUCAUAUUCUCCACCUUAGGAGUGUGCACUUUUUUUGCACUCGGCUACAUGCUGCUGCCCCUGUUUGCUUACUUCAUCAGAGACUGGCGGAUGCUGCUGCUGGCACUGACGGUGCCUGGGGUCCUGUGUGUGCCGCUGUGGUGGUUUAUUCCUGAAUCUCCUCGGUGGCUGAUAUCCCAGAAAAGAUUUAAAGAGGCUGAAGAUAUCAUCCAGAAAGCUGCAAAGAUGAACAGUGUGCCUGUACCUGCCGUGAUAUUCAAUCCCGUCGAGCUACAGGAGCUGAACUCUUUGAAGCAGCCAAGAGUUUUCAUUCUGGACCUGUUCAGGACCUGGAACAUUGCCCAAAUAACCAUUAUGUCUUUGCUACUAUGGAUGCUAACCUCAGUGGGCUACUUUGCCCUGUCUCUCAAUGUCCCUAAUUUACAUGGAGAUACCUACUUGAACUGUUUCCUCUCUGCCUUGAUUGAAGUUCCAGCUUACAUCACAGCCUGGCUGUUACUGCGCAAUCUGCCCAGGCGUUACAUCAUAGCUGGGGUUCUCUGCUUUGGAGGAGGUGUGCUCCUCUUAAUUCAGCUGGUACCUUCAGAUUACAGCUUCUUGUCCAUCGGUCUGGUGAUGCUGGGGAAAUUUGGGGUCACCUCCGCCUUCGCCAUGCUGUAUGUCUUCACCGCAGAGCUCUACCCAACGCUGGUCAGGAACAUGGCGGUGGGCAUCGCCUCCAUGGCAUCCAGGGUGGGCAGUAUCAUCGCUCCCUACUUUGUCUACCUCGGUGCUUACAACAAACUGCUGCCCUACAUUGUCAUGGGCAGUCUGACUGUCUUCAUCGGGAUCGUCACCCUGUUCUUCCCCGAAAGCUUUGGAGUGACUCUACCAGAGACCUUAGACCAGAUGCAGAAAGUGAAAGGCAAUUGUAUUUUCAGGUUCAGAUCUGGAAACAAAUCAAAAGACUCAACCAAGAGAGAAGAAAAUCCCAAAGUCCUAGUAACUGUGUUCUGAUACCAUUUGUUCUGCACAUGCCAAAGUACAAACCAGAGCCGUGCCUCCGACUCUGUGAAGCACGCAAGCCUUUCCUGCCAGCAUGGAUUGUCAGUGACAGUGACAGGCCACGCUGAAACAGAGCUUGCUGCAGAAGAAAAGUGCUCGGCAUCUCCUCAACCCUGGACUGCCCUUCCAGAUAAUCUUGUUUUUAAAAACAAAUAUUUCCAGAGUCCGCCUUACUAAUUAACUUCCAUGAAAUGUACUCAUAAGACUUUCUGAAAAAUGUGUUAGUCAAGGACUGGAAAAAUCCAUAUAAAGAUUAACAUUCAUUUCCUAACAUACCAAUACCACUCAAAUAAAAAGGUUGUUUGCCUUCGUACAACUAGUA